CAAAAAAAAAUCACAAGACCUAUCAUGGGAUUGUACUGUUAACUUAGCAGUACUGUGUGUUUCGGGUUUUGGGUGAUUUUUUUCUGGAAACAUGGCAGUGGACAGCAUCGCACCGGACUGGGAGUUUGACCGUUUUGACGACGGUUCACAAAAAAUACACACAGAGGUUCAGCUGAAAAACUACAGCAGGUUCCUGGAGGAGUACACCUCCCAGCUGAAGGGUAUCGAAGAAGCUCUGGAUGACUCCAUAGGAGAUGUUUGGGACUUCACACUGGACCCCAUCGCACUGAAACUUCUCCCUUAUGAACAGUCGUCUUUAUUGGAGCUGAUUAAAACUGACAAUAAGGUUCUGAACAAAGUUAUUACAGUUUAUGCUGCACUUUGUAGUGAAGUGAAAAAGCUCAAAUAUGAGGCAGAAACCAAGUUCUACAAUGGCUUAUUGUAUUAUGGAGAGGGAGUGUAUGAAACUAGCGGUGUUGAAGGAGAGUCACAGAUUCAAAUGGGCAGAUUCAUUUCAUUCCUACAGGAGCUGUCCUGCUUUGUUUCAAGAUGUUACGAAGUGGUGGUCAGCAUUGUCCAUCAGCUAGCUGCCCUCUACAGCAGCAACAGGAGUGCAACAAAAAUCAUUGAAUCAUCAGGUGUCCAUUUUCAAGUUGUGUAUGAACAUCUGGGGGAGUUGUUGGUGGUGCUCAUUACACUUGAUGAAAUUAUGGAAAAUCAUAGUACACUAAAAGAUCAUUGGAAGAUGUAUAAAAGGUUAUUGAAGUCUGUACAUCAUAAUCCUGGAAAGUUUUCCAUCUUUGAAGAGAAGCUAAAACCGUUUGAGAAGCUCCUGCUCAAGCUGGAGGGACAGCUGCUGGAUGGCAUGAUCGUGCAGGCCUGUGUGGAGCAGAGGUUUGAUGAUCCAGGGGAGGGAGUUGCCAUCUCCAAAAACAGUGUUUUUGCUGAGGAGUUUGCGUUCAACAUUCGCACCUUAUUCACAAAUGUGGAGUCAAAAAUUGGCGAACCUACAGAAAUUGACCAGAGAGAUAAAUAUGCUUCAGUCUGUGCUCUGUUUGUCCUCCACUUUCACAUUUUCAGGUGUGUCGACAAAAAGCUCUACAAGGCGUUGCUUGAUGUCUGCAAAAAGGUUCCCGCCAUCACUCUGGUUGCAAACAUCAUCUGGUUUCCCGACACAUUUCUCACCACUAAAGUCCCGGCUGCAGCAAAAAUGAUGGACAAAAAGAGCCUUCAGGCAAUCAGAGUGCAGAGAGACGCCUACCUGCAGCAAAGAGCUCAGACGUUAACAAAGGAUGUUCAGUCUUACUACAUUUUUGUAACUUCCUGGAUGAUGAAAAUGGAGUCAAUCUUGUCCAAGGAGCAUAAAAGUGACAAGCUGGAAGAAGACCUUAACAGCAGAUGUAUUGUGUUUGUGCAGGGCAUCCUGUACGCUUAUAGCAUCAGCACCAUCAUCAAGACCACCAUGAACAUGUACAUGUCAAUGCAGCGGCCCAUGACCAAGACCUCUGUUAAAGCACUUUGUCGUCUAAUUGAGUUGCUCAAGGCUGUGGAGCACACCUUUCACCGACGGUCGAUGGUUGUAGCCGACUCAGUUUCUCACAUCACUCUGCAGCUUCAGUCUCAGGCCCUCAACUCUAUCAGUACUGCCAAGAAAAGAGUGAUCUCUGACAAGAAGUAUAGUGAGCAGCGGCUGGAUGUGCUGUCUUCUUUAGUGCUUGCAGAAAAUGCUCUGAGUGGACCAAGCACAAAAGAGCGCCGCCUGGUGGUGUCUCUGGCUCUGUGCGUCGGCACUCAGCUGAAAACCUUCAGAGAUGAGGAGCUGCUGCCCCUGCAGCUGGUACUAAAGAAAAUGGAUUUGAUUAGUGAGCUCAGUGAAAGAGUUAAGCUUCAGUGUGACUGUAGUUUCCUUUACUGGCACCGAGCGGUUUUUCCCAUUUAUCUAGAUGACGUAUAUGACAAUGCUGUAGACGCAGCACGAAUACACUACAUGUUUAGUGCUCUCAGGGACGGUGUGUCAUCCAUGCUGCAAGCCAAACACUUGGAGUCAUGUGACCAGCUGCUGGAGAGCUACAAGAAGGAGAUAAUGGAUGUUUUUAAUGAGCACCUCCUCGACAAGCUGUGUAAGGAGAUUGAGAAGGACCUGCGUCUCUCCGUUCACACCCACCUGAAGCUCGACGACAGGAAUCCCUUCAAAGUGGGCAUGAAGGACCUGGCCCACUUCUUUUCCGUCAAACCCAUCCGAUUCUUCAACCGCUUCAUUCACAUCAAAGCCUAUGUGACCCACUACUUGGACAAAACAUUUUACAACCUCACCACUGUCGCCCUGCAUGACUGGGCCACCUACAGUGAGAUGAGAAACCUCGCGACGCAGCGCUACGGACUCACAAUGACCGAGGCACACCUGCCCAGCCAGACCCUGGAGCAGGGUUUGGACGUUCUGGAGAUCAUGAGAAACAUUCAUGUUUUUGUUUCACGCUACCUGUACAACCUCAACAACCAGAUCUUCAUCGAAAAGGCAAGCAACAACAAACAUCUGAACACCAUCAACAUCCGCCACGUGGCUAACUCGAUCCGGACGCACGGCACGGGCAUCAUGAACACCACCGUCAACUUCACCUACCAGUUCCUGCGGAAAAAAUUUUACAUCUUCAGUCAGUUUAUGUACGAUGAACACAUCAAGUCUAGACUUAUAAAGGACAUCCGGUUCUUCAGGGAAACAAAAGACCAGUCGGAUCAGAAGUACCCGUUUGAGCGUGCAGAAAAGUUCAACCGAGGCAUCCGAAAGCUGGGCCUCACUCCUGAUGGACAGAGCUACCUGAACCAGUUCAGACAGCUCAUCAGCCAGAUAGGAAACGCCAUGGGCUACGUGCGUAUGAUCCGUUCUGGAGGCCUCCACUGUUGCAGCAGCGCCAUCAGAUUUGUCCCAGACCUGGAGGAUAUAGUCAACUUUGAGGAGUUGGUGAAGGAGGAAGGACUGUCAGAGGAGACCCAGAGGGCUGCUAGUGUUCUAGAUUCAGUGUUGAGCGAUCUGACCAGCAACUCUGCAGAGGGGACGGAGUACUUCAACAUGCUGGUGGCUGUGUUUGCACCGGAGUUUCGCAGCGCCAAGAAUAUGCACCUGAGGAACUUCUACAUGAUCGUACCCCCUCUGACUGUGAAUUUUGUGGAGCACUCCAUCAGCUGCAAAGAGAAACUAAACAAGAAGAACAAAACCGGAGCUGCUUUUACAGACGAUGGCUUUGCAAUGGGCGUGGCGUACAUUCUGAAGCUGCUGGACCAGUACCUGGAGUUUGACUCUCUGCACUGGUUCCAGGCGGUCCGAGAUAAGUACAGGAAAGAGCUGAGUGCCGUGGCGAAGGAGCAGAACGUGCAGUCUGCCGGUCAAGAUGAGAAGUUGCUUCAAACUAUGAAUCUCACCCAGAAGAGGCUGGAUGUCUACCUGCAGGAGUUUGAGCUGCUUUACUUCUCACUGAGCAGCGCACGGAUCUUCUUCAGAGCCGACAAGACGGCGGCCGAGGAAACUCUGGAGAAGAAAGAUAAAGAAGAAACUGGAAAAGCAGGAGGUUCGUGUGAAGGGUCCGCGGGUUCGGAACCAUCUUCGAAGUGAGCUGCCCGGCGAGAUCAGCAGGACCUCUUACUGGAUCUGAACUCCUGCAGAGUGACGGCAGUCUGCAUCUAAAGUGUGUGGUUACGGGAUAAAAGACUGGAAAACUCAGAUUUAUUGAUGGAUGUUUUUGUACACAAUCAUUUUCACAGAAUUCUGCGUGUUGUGUGUGCAGCCACAGGAAGUCUUGGUGUUUCCUUUGUGACAUCCUGCAGCUGCCAGCAUCCAUGAACUGUCUGGGUUUGUUGCCUUUUGUAGAACAGAUUAAAUAAUUUUAGUUUGCACUUGGGCUGAUUGUCCUACAGCAGUAACUGAUCAUGUUUUGUUUGAAAUCAC